AUGCAUGACUUGUAUCAGUGUUUCGAGAGUAUAGCACACGAAAACACAUAUCCAGAGAGAUGGAAGCUUUACGAACGAUCGGCAAUACAAUUCAGGGCCAUGCGCUCGACCGUCGACAAUGCGAUCCAACCUCUUGGCAGCUCAGAGACGUUUACAGCCUAUAUGGAUGAGUACAUCACUAGUCUACGUGGUAGCCAAAGUUUCACUGAUUUAAUGGCGCAUUCUGGAUUCAGCGCGUACCAAGAGAUCAAGAUGUUUGAACAAAAAUACAACCUGUGGAAGCUAUGCGAGAUCCUUUACUUUGGUCAGGAGGCAGAAGAGGUCAAGAGCAUCAAGUUAUUGGCAUUGAUAAACAAGAUUGAUCGAUCCUACCUGAAAUACGACAUCCAGGACAUCUACAGUCAUCCUACGCCAUGGCUUCAUCCAAAAUUUUGGCCAAUGAUGUGCAAAUUGGUCUUACGGAGGAAACUGGAGGAUGCCUAUCAAUUCAUUCAACGACUCAAUACCACGGACCCAGCCUUACAAAUGCUCGCCAAAAUGCUCCACGAUGCACCUAUCAUACCAUCCCAUAAUUCAACCGACGCCCAUCAACAAUUCGCACAUGAUAUACAACAAUGGCAUCAGCAGCUGGAUUCAAUACAUCGUCAGGCGCAGGUCGCAAUGUCAAAUCAACAACAACAAGGAUUGCUAGACGUACUCUCGAUAUUACGUGGUGAUGGACCAACGAUUGUUAAGCAUGCUGAUACAUCGACCGAAGCCAUUGUGGCCUAUCUCAUUUAUCAUGACGCACUCGCUUCACUUGACGAGAUUCAACAAAUUGCAAAGCGGAUCACGAUUUCACGAUGCGAUGCACAUCAAAUCGACGAACGAAGUGUGAAUGCUUUUGCAUGGAUGCUUCAAGGCAGGAUUUGUGAAGCACUCGAGUCAUUUCCUCACGCUGAUUGGUGGCUAUUGACACACAUCCUUUACCUGUUUGACUUGAUCGGCAUGCGCUACGUGGGCGAUACCAUUGUUCACCUACCAUCCCCCUCCUCGAAAAAGGACAUUGCAUUAAGCUUCCAUGAUUUGGUGUUACUCAUGCACACACGUGAGUUGGCCGCACAACCCGAAUUGUGGCAGUACAGCCUUGAUUAUCUCGACACAUGUUAUUGCAAGGAGAAGCGACACGUGGGUCUGUUGCAGAGCAUCAAGCACAUGCCUCGAACAAAUCCAGCCGAUAUCCAGAGGUUACUUGAUUAUUGCAUUGAAAAUGAUGAUCCUCGUGCAGUGAAGGAAUUAUUCAAGACUAUCAAAGACCAUAAGAUGGAAGCAAGCUGCUUUACAAACGCUGUGAAAUAUCUACUGGUAGCAGGCGAAUAUAGUGCUCUUGAAUAUGUGUCUGAUGCCGCCAUGCAACAUUAUGCUAUCACUGGACAACUUGUUGAAUUUGCUGGUUUGGAGUCAAAGAAGUUGGAUCGUGAUUGGCGCUUACCCAAGACACAAUUCUAUUUGCAAUUUCAAGAAUGGAAGAGGAUAAAGAGUCCAGAGGAGAAGAUGGAAGUCUUGUAUGACAUGUUGACAUCAGAAGGAUCGCCUGUGGAGUAUAUACCACUUCUCUUUUUGGAGGGAGUGAUUGCACUCGAAUAUUCAAGUGUCGGCCUACUCAAUUACCAGACGAUUGCGUUGAAAUCGACCUUGCAAGAUUUUUCACAGAGAAAAGGAAAUGAUGAACGAGCCUUUGAACUUGUUGCUUACAACCUUGAACGUAUGGACGCCGAGAAUCAUCCCAAGAUACAAGAUGCAUUGGAUUUAUAUCGAGAAACCUUUGUUGAUGUUGGCACUGAUUUCAUAAAACGGUCUUCCGGUUGA